AUGGGACAUGAGGAGCAUGGAGGGACUUGGCAUGGACGCAGCUCAACUGGAUACGCAAAGGAAGAAGGAGAAGCCAUCUUGAAGACCAGCUCGACCACCUACUCGACCAACCGGUCGAGUUCCUCAACUCGACCGGCCAAGCUUCAACUCGAUCGAGCUGAGAAGUCAACAGUGUAUGCGAACUCGAUCGAGUCGGUCUACAGAGACUUGGUCGAGCUAGACUUUACAACGGGUAGAAAGAGGGUUCAGAGGUCACAGAGGGUACAAGAGGAACCUGAGGUGCUUGUUGCUGAUACAAUGGAUGUACCAGAGGGGAAUGGAAACCCUUUGGGCAAUGGACUCGGUCGAGCUAGGCAAACUCGACCGAUUGGUCUAGGAGAUGCUCCAAACCGCCACCAACAGAGACAAGGGAUUGUUCCACCACCAGUGCAGAACCACAACUUUGAGAUCAAGCUGGGAAUGAUCAACCUUGUUCAGAACAAGAUGUUCCAUGGAUUGCCAAGUGAAGACCCCAUUGACCACCUUGAUGAGUUUGAUAGGCUUUGUGAUUUGACAAAGAUCAAUGGUGUCUCUGAAGAUGCCAUCAAGCUGAGACUCUUUCCUAUGUCUCUAGCUGACAAAGCUCACCAAUGGGAGAAGAGCUUGCCCCAUGGCACAAUCACCACUUGGGAUGAAUGCAAGAAGGCCUUUCUUGCUAAGUUUUUCUCCACCGGUCGCACAGCCAAGCUUAGAGGAGAGAUAUCCAGCUUCAUCCAGCGAAACAAUGAGACAUUCGCUGAGGCUUGGGAGAGGUUCAAAGGCUACACAAGUCAGUGCCCACACCAUGGAUUCAACAAUGAAUCACUACUCUCUACUCUUUAUAGAGGAUGCUUGCCUAGGUAUAGGGAGAUGCUAGACACAGCUAGCAAUGGGAACUUCCUCAACCAGGAUGUAGAUGAUGGCUGGCAGCUUGUGGAGAACAUGCCAUAUCAAUGGAAGCUAUGGAGAAGAUUGGACAAACUGAUCCUAGCCCAAUUCCCUGCCAAGCAUGUCAACUAUGUCUCUGGAAAAGCUCAGUUAAAGACCAGGAAGGGGAGGAGAACCAACAUGAGGUUUGCUAUAUUCAAAAUAGACAAGGAGGUUUUAGGAAUCUUCAGCAAGGAUAUAACAUUGCCUAUGGACAACAAGGGACAUACUCCACCUAUCCAAACACCUUGCCGCAACAACACCCCAGUGUACUGA